AGUGGGACACCGUCAAGUGCGUACAUUUAUAAUGUGACUUUUCUUGUUUAUUUCGGGAAUAAAUUAUAGUGCGUUUGUGUGGUCAUUCAAAUAAUUAUAAGGACGAUUAAUAUACUAAAUUCUAUGUCUAAGCGUAAUAAACAGUUCUUUGAAAACCACAUCAAAAUCGAAUCAGCAUAUCGUGAGAUAAUCGCAAGCAAAUAUACCUACAGGUCUACCUGACAGACUCCUUCUUUAUUGAAGUCGGUUAAAAAGAAACAUGUUGAAUACACAGUUGUUUUCUAAAGUGUUUCUUACGAGAAGUUCAUUAGAUUCAGUUUCGUUAAGUAAGGAGGGCGAAUCUACAUCAGAAUGGACACCAUUGUUGAAGAAAUCUACCAAUGUCCCGCUUUCUACGAGAGUAUUUAUAAUACCUCAAAGAUGGGUGAUGGCCAUAAUGGGGUUCCUAGCGGUCGCCAACGCGUACACGAUGCGUGUUUGUUUAAACAUAGCUAUCACGCAAAUGGUCCACCGGCCCUCACAUUCUGCAGGCAAUGAUGGGUCAUGCCCCGCUGGUGACCUCGGAGACGUUAACAUGGAAGGCACUGACCCUACAGAAUUGACGGGUUUCGACUGGGACGAAGCGACACAAGGUAUGAUCCUAAGUGCUUUCUACUACGGGUACAUAGUCACCCACUUGCCUGGAGGUAUGCUGGCUGAACGGUUCGGAGGAAAAUACUCUCUUGGUUUCGGAGUACUGAGUACCGCAGUCUUCACUCUGCUAACGCCGUGGACUGUCAACGUUGGCGGAGCUACUGGACUCAUCAUUUUGAGGGUGCUCGAAGGUCUUGGAGAGGGUUUCACCUUCCCUGCACUAAACGCAAUGCUUGCCCGAUGGGCGCCAAUAUCAGAGAGAGGACGAAUGGGAUCCCUUGUCUUUGGAGGUGCACAGAUUGGCAACAUCGCCGGUACCUACCUGUCAGGACUGGUUAUCAAGGAGACUGGUGAAUGGCAGUCUGUCUUCUACCUCUUUGGUGCCAUCGGGAUUCUAUGGUUCAUUCUUUGGGCGAUCCUCUGCUACAAUGACCCUGAGUCGCAUCCAUUCAUCUCGGACAAAGAGAAGAAGUAUCUUGAAGAGGCGCUAGGCAGUCACCGCAGCAGUCUUCCAUCAGCAAUCCCCUGGAAAGCCAUCUUCAUGUCGGUUCCACUUUGGGCCCUGGUUUGCGCUCAGAUCGGUCACGACUACGGGUACUUCACGAUGGUGACCGACCUUCCUAAGUACAUGACAGGAGUCCUCAAGUUCGACAUCCAUAGGACAGGCACGCUUGCAGCCCUGCCUUACGCAGUCAUGUGGCUAAGUUCCAUCGCAUUCGGAUGGAUUUGCGACAAGAUUGUCAAGAGAAACUGGUUGACUGUCACCAACGCUAGAAAGACUUUCACCACCAUCGCAUCUGUCGGUCCUGGUAUCUGCAUGAUCCUCGCGUCGUACUCCGGCUGCAACACUGAAGCUGUGGUCAUUCUGUUCACCGCCUCCAUGGGUCUGAUGGGAGCAUUCUACCCUGGCAUGAAAGUGAACGCACUUGACCUAAGUGGCAAAUAUGCUGGCACUAUAAUGGCGAUCGUGAAUGGCAUAGGAGCUAUUACUGGCAUCAUCGCUCCAUACCUAGUCGGCUUACUGACUCCUGAUAGUACGCUGGUACAAUGGAGGUUGGUGUUCUGGAUAGCUCUAGCCGUGUUCAUCCUCACGAACUUGGUGUUCGUAGCGUGGGCCUCAGGUGACGAGCAAUGGUGGAACACCACCACGCAAGACCCAAGGAAGCAGCGCGAGGCGGAGGCAGGAACCAACCACUCCGUCAAUGCCGAGGUCAAGUUGUAGAGCACUCAACAUAAAAUAUUUGGUUCAAAUCGCGAAAAAUGAGGAAAAGUUUCGACUAAAGCUAGAGGCUCUAGCCGUUUUCCUGUUAAUGCUCCGGAAGAAAAUGUAAAUAUAAUAAUUUAAUUAGACACAGUGCCCAAGGAAAUACUUUAUCGUACUUUAGACAAUAAAAACGUACUUACAUGACGUUGUGCGGUAGUGAAGACAAUUUAUAUUAUAAUGACAAGAUAACUAAACUAGAUGAGUGUAAAAAUGUAUAGUACAAACUGUAAGCGUUUUAUGAAAUUCUAUAAAUCAUAAUAAUAGGCGGUUCACUGAAUCUACAGCCAGUGUUUGUGAUAGUAAUAAUAAAUACUUCCAUUGUAGCUAAUUAGUUAUGUGGCUGGAAAUGAAAUGUAGUAAAGUGAAUGAGUUUAGUUCAACGUGGAAUUCAAUAUUUAUUAUCAAGUAUUAUAAUGUUGUUGAUGACUGUAAUUCUAAGUUUAGAUACAUUGUAAGUAGUCAUAUACAAAGUAUUAGUUAUGUUACGUAUAGAGGAGUGAAUGCCUAUUUGUAAAUAUUUGUGGAGAACAUAUUUAUUCGACAAUUAAUGCACUGAAUGAUAAAUUGUUUUUGUUCACUUUGUCUUUGUGUGAAAAUGGAAUUUUUGCAAGAAAGGCUGUGAACAAAUUCGCAAGUAAUAAAUGGGAUAUAGAACUUUUUUUUACUAAAGUGCAUUAUCUGUUUGUGUAUUUGAUUGUGUUGUGAAUGCUCUUAUAGCAAUGAAAUGUGCUAUGAAGAUACAAAAUGUAUGUAUCGUUGUAAAUUGUGAGUCAAAAGACAAUGUGUAGGACCGUAACCAUGAUGUUUUUAAAUAUUUUAAACAUGCAAAAACAUAUAUUUGGAUAGUGAAACAUUUUAACGAAUUGAAACAUUAUCUAACCUCUAGUAGUCAGUCGCAAGGUGAUCUUUAAUCAUUGAAUCUUAUGUUCAACUUCAGUAACACUGAAAUUCUUAUUUUCAGUAUUGCUCUCUGUAAAGCAUAAAUUAUCUUUUAAGACUAGCUGACCCAGCGAACUUAUAUUAUAAUCGAAAAAUAUCUCUUAUUUUUCUUACAUAAGAACCUUCUCCUAAUAAUAACAAAUACAACAAAAAAGAUCAAGGGAAAUAGGGAUUCAUUUUUAUAUAUUGUAGAUUUAGAGUAUAUGAAGUAGUGUAUCUACAGACUAUGCCAGUUCAGUUCUCUAUGGUAGAAUCGUGGACACAAAACCUUUUUUUCAUGAAGAAGAAAAUUAUGCCCGCCAAAAUGUCUUACCAUGUUCUUUUAACUCACAAUACAAUAUAAAGAUACUUUUGUUUAUCUUUAUUUCGGUAUACUCUAUGCAUUUGAUUUCAAGGUGCAUUUUGUGCCAUUAAAGAGAUCUGUGUGCCGGCUUUAUAUUAGUUUUAAAUUAGUAUCUAAGUCCUACUGAGACUAAGAAUGGAGAUUCCAUUACAUGUUUUAAACUGAGAUAGUAACUUGUAAGUUAUUUUGUACAAUAUUCUUGUAUUUUGUUAAAAUAAAAAAUCAUUUAAAAAA